AUGUGGCUCAAACAGAUAGCCGUAACGUCCCUCGCGGUGAUGGGCUGUCACUGCACAUCUGCGCGGCCAGCCUUCGAGCCGGCGCGGCCACCGGCUGUUCCCCUGGCCGUACGAUCGCCGUACUUGAACGCCUGGUUGCAGGGAGGAUCUGGAGGGGUCCUCCCAGGCUCUUGGCCACGCUUUUGGACGGGCCACGUCCUCGGGUGGCAGGGCUUCGUAUCAGUGGAUGGAGUGACCUACAACUGGCUAGGUGCGGCCCCGGGGCCGGAGCCUGUCAAUCAAACAUCGUUGACAUACACCUCAACCCAGAGUAUCUUCACGUUUGACGUGGCCGGUAAGGUCACCAUGACGGUCAAUUUCCUGUCUCCGGUGUACCCAGAUGAUGUCGCGCGGCAGUCGUUACAAUUUUCUUAUAUUUCUAUCAAGGUCAUGUCGGCAGAUGGGAAGUCUCAUCAGGUUAGGACGUAUAUGGAUGUGACUGGCGAAUGGGCCAGCGGCGACAUCAACGAAAUUGUAAAUUGGGAAACCAACACGACGAACGGCAUCAUCUACCACAAGUUUUUCCGUAAAAACCAAGUAGAGUUUGGCGAGGCACACGAGGUAGCCAGUUGGGGCCACUGGUACUUGUCGACAAAGGCUGGCAAGGAUAUUGGCCCAGACACGGAGGUUCGCAACCAAUUCGUCAAGAAAAGUGUUCUCAAAAACACAAAAGACACUAGCUAUCGCGCUGUUCAAGAGAAUUGGCCGGUGUUUGCAUUAGCUCAUGACCUUGGCAACAUAACAAAGGACGGAAUCGUCGAGCGAGUUCUUACGCUCGGCAUUAUCCAAGAUCGUGUCAUCCAAUUUGCUGGCCAGAGCGGCAAGCUAGAACCGGUGCCGGGUCUCUGGUCGUCAUACUACCCCAACGAGACCGCUGCUGUCGUCUCCUUCUACCAUGACUAUGCCCACGCCCUGGAUGUAUCGGCCAGGCUUGACGAGCAAAUCCGUCGUGACUCUGAAGCAGCUGCCGGGCGCGAGUAUGCCCUGAUUACCACGCUCGCUGUCCGGCAGACCUUUGGCGCGCUGCAGUAUGCGGGCACCCCUGCCAAGCCGUACAUCUUCCUGAAGGAGAUCAGCUCCAACAGCGACAUCCAGACCGUCGAUGUCAUUUUCCCGGCCUAUCCCAUUUUCUUGUACCUCAACGCCACACUGGGACGUUUCCUGCUGGAGCCUCUGUUCGAAAAUCAGGAGAGUGGCGCAUAUCCAAACGCCUAUGCCGAGCAUGAUCUGGGCACUUUCCCCAUCGCCAAGGGAUAUCCGGCAGGCGAUGAUGAGCCAAUGCCGCUGGAGGAGUGCGGGAACAUGAUCAUCAUGGCGCUAGCGUACGCGCAGCGUACGGGAGAUAACGAAUAUCUGGCGAAGCACUACAAGCUUCUGUCGCAAUGGGCAGAAUUUUUGGUGAACGACUCACUGAUCCCGGCGAGCCAGCUUAGUACUGACGACUUUGCGGGGACUUUGGCAAACCAGACGAACCUAGCCAUCAAGGGCAUCAUCGGGCUCAAGGCCAUGUCGCAGAUUGCGCAGUUAACAAACAACAAGGAUGUCUUCGGGGACGUUGCCGACCGGUACCUUCAAGAGUGGAAGAGGUUCGCCAUCAACGCAAAGGCCUCGCCGCCUCAUACGACGUUGAGCUACGGAAAUAGCAACAGCCAUGGUCUGCUUUACAACAUUUACGCCGACAAGCUCCUUAAUCUGCAGUUCAUCGACCAGGCCAUUUACGACAUGCAGAGCGAUUUCUACCUGACGGUUGCCAACGAGUACGCGGUGCCUCUCGAUUCGCGGCAUAACUGGACCAAGUCGGACUGGGAGAUGUUCGCAGCGGCUGUGGCUAAACCAGAGACCCGUGCCAUGUUCAUCUCCAAGCUGGCCCGCUGGAUUAGCGAUACAACGACUGACCGGGCCAUGACUGAUCUCUUCGACUCCGUCACCGGUGCUUACCCGGCCAACGGCCCCGUGUUCGUAGCUCGGCCUGUCGUCGGCGCCGUGUUUUCCAUACUAGCACUGCAAGAGGCGCCUCCUUAUUGA